AUGGCCAUAGAAGAUGGUACAAUUAUUCCGACUAAAAUAGUCGACGAUAUUACUAUCGAAAAGAAAGUAAGUGAAUAUACUCACAAUGAGGAAGAUAGAAUGAAUAUCACCGCUAAAGAGGAAAUGGUUCUCACAAGUGCACUUGAAGAAAAAGAAUAUAAACGAGUAAACAAUUGCAAGUCCGCACAAGAAAUGUGGAACAAGUUAGUAGUAACCUAUGAAGGAACUAUCGACAGAAAAGAUUCUCGAACGGAUACUUUGAUCCAAGAAUACGAGAACUUCAAACUCCAAGAUGGAGAAAAUAUCAUCGACAUGGAAACAAGAUUUACUCGUAUAGUCGAUGAAUUAGCUCAACUCGGAAAGAAUUAUACUCGUAAUGAGAAGAAUCGUAGGGUUCUUAAAUCUUUACCUCCGAGUUGGAAAGUUAAAGUUACAACUAUCAAAGAGAUGCACAAUCUCAAUGAUUACCACAUCGAUAACUUAUUCUGA